AAGUUUGAAAACAUCUUCUUUAAUUUUCCAAUUGGAACAGAAAGAAAGCCCAGUGAUCCGAUUCAGCGUUCCCUGGGCUACGUCGUCUCGCUAUCUUGACUGGCAAAACAGCUGAUCAGGGCUGCAGACACCCGGGCGACGCACAGCGGGUCAAUAAAUAAAAGCUAACUUUUGUUUUAUUUGAAUUUUUGCAUGUCCGGCCCUUAAAUCACAAAAUCCAACAGCAUGGGCAUCCUUGAGAAGAUUGCGGAGAUUGAGCGCGAGAUUGCGCGUACACAGAAGAACAAAGCCACCGAGUACCAUUUGGGCCUGCUGAAGGCAAAGUUGGCCAAGUACCGCACCCAGCUGCUGGAACCAUCCAAAAAGGGCGAAAAGGGCGACGGAUUCGAUGUGCUCAAGAGCGGAGAUGCGCGGGUGGCUCUCAUCGGCUUUCCCUCCGUGGGCAAGUCCACCAUGUUGUCCACCCUGACCAAAACGGAAUCGGAGGCGGCAAACUAUGAGUUCACCACUUUAACCUGCAUUCCGGGCGUCAUCGAGUAUCAGGGUGCCAACAUUCAACUGCUGGAUCUGCCCGGAAUCAUUGAGGGCGCCGCCCAGGGCAAGGGGCGUGGUCGCCAGGUCAUCGCCGUGGCCCGUACCGCCGACCUGGUACUGAUGAUGCUCGAUGCCACCAAGCCAAAUGUCCAUCGGGAGCUGCUCGAGCGGGAACUGGAGUGCGUGGGCAUCAGGCUGAACAAGCGCAAACCCAACAUCUACUUCAAGCAGAAGAAGGGCGGCGGCCUGAGCUUCAAUGCCACCUGUGCGCUGACUCGUUGCAACGAGAAAAUGGUCCAGACCAUCCUGCACUCCUUCAAGAUCUUCAACGCCGAAGUGCUGUUCCGCGAGGACUGCACCGAGGACGAGUUCAUCGACGUGGUCACCGCCAACCGAGUGUAUCUGCCCUGUCUCUACGUCUACAACAAGAUCGAUCAGAUCUCCAUCGAGGAGGUGGACCGCCUGGCGCGCCAGCCGAACUCGAUUGUGGUCAGCUGCAACAUGAAGCUCAAUCUGGACUACAUGCUGGAGGCGCUCUGGGAGGCGCUGCAGUUGAUCAGGGUCUACACAAAGAAACCGGGUGCUCCGCCGGACUUUGACGACGGCCUGAUUCUGAGAAAGGGCGUCAGUGUGGAGCACGUGUGCCACGCCAUCCAUCGCACGUUGGCGGCCCAGUUCAAGUACGCACUGGUUUGGGGCACCUCCACGAAAUACUCGCCGCAGCGCGUCGGAAUCGCCCACGUGAUGGCCGACGAGGACGUCAUCCAGGUGGUAAAGAAGUGAAGCUUGUUGCAGAUGAAAUAUAUAUUCUAUGCUAAAACUAA